UGACUGUUGACCUUGACUCUAGGCGGUCUGCGAUCUUAUCACGCGGUUCCGUUGCUUUGACUGCCUGGGCUGGAUUUUCGUUGUUUCAGCAUCUUUUUCCACCUCAGAGAGUGCACGCUUGAAUAAAUUUGAACCUGCAUCAUCCAGAGAGUUCUGAGCCAUCCAUUGGAUGGGCCAAUGUUAGAUGAGACAGCCGUGCACAUCCUCGGGGGCGGCAUCGGUGGCACUGUUGGCGCGAUUCUCACCUGUCCUUUAGAAGUCGUCAAAGUCCGUCUGCAAUCAUCCAGAGGGUCAAUCCUCUGUAGUGCCUCUGAAAAUGUGAAUACUGCCACAGUUACACCGGUGAUCACGGCGACUACCAAUCGCCAUAGCACACGCAUUGUGCGCCGAAUUCUGUCCACAGUCUCUCUUCAUAACCGUAAUGAUCUUGUCGCAGAACGACAGGAACACCCAUCUCCAUCCAGUACCAGCUGCAACAAAUCCAAAAUCAGACAUUCCUCUGCAAACGAAUCCUACCACUUAAGCUCGGCGAGUUUCUCCAAUGCUGUUCAGAAGCAACAAUCCUCUUCCAGGACUGGCUUUCGCCGUUCAAUUUUGAUCCGGUGUCUCGCUGAUAUUUCCCGAACCGAGGGCGUUCGAGCCCUCUUCAAAGGCCUGCUACCUACCCUUGUUGGAGUACUCCCAUCCCGCGGAAUUUAUUUUUGUGCCUACCACAAAGGUCAGGUGCUUUUCGAAAGCCGUUUUUCCGACGGUUCUUCUGGAGUCUUUCUAUGUGCAGCCGGAUUUGGAAGUAUUACAGCAUCCUCAUUGACCAACCCUAUAUGGUAUGUGAAGACUCGGCUACAGCUCGACUCUCGACCCGGUUUGACCCCGAUCACUGUGGGACAAGUAAUUCGAAACACUUGGCAGCAAGAAGGAAUUCGUGGUUUCUACCGAGGAGUCAGCGCAUCCUAUGUUGGUUCCUUGGAGACGGCCCUGAAUUUUGUCAUCUAUGAAAACGUAAAGUCUGAAUUGCUGUGGUGGGAUUUGCAACGUCGGACACAACAGCAGCGACAGCAACAUCCACAUUUCUCUCUGGCCAGCACAUCUACCUACACAACUGGAACGUCGCGUGAUCUGCGCGGCUCGCGUGGUGGAAGCAAAUUGAAUGCCUCCAGUGAUAUGCUUCUUUGCAUGAUGGCCAGUGCGUUUUCCAAAGCUGUUGCAAUCACUGUCCUCUAUCCACAUGAGGUUGUGCGAACUCGCUUGCGCGAAGCGAACGGACGGUACCGCGGUUUCUUUCGUACGCUACGUCGAGUUUAUGUUGAGGAGGGCUAUUCCGGACUGUAUCGUGGCAUGGGAACUCACUAUAUCCGACAAGUACCCAACUCUUGUAUUAUGAUCGGAACCUACGAAAUGGUUGUCUUUCUCCUUCAGUCCUGGGGUCUGACAAAGAUCCCCUGAAUAGAUUUCAACGUUGACUCUGUAGUCCACCUUUGUUUCCUUGAAAUCCCUUCGGGUUCCGUUCAGCUGAACUGUACGCCCAGCUCUUACUUGAUCUUCGUCAUCUCACACACUACAGAGAGGACCAGUUGGCUUUUGUACUCCCUGCUUCAUUCGCACACACACACAGAGAGGACCAGUUAGCUUUUGUACAGUACUCCCUGCUUCAUUCUAUUCCACAGAUUCCCUCCCAGAGGUACAGUAAACUGACGGUUACUGCACACCUAUCCAUUUCCGUAAGCCUUCUCUAAUUUUUGUUCGCAGUCGACUGCCUUCAUUGUGAAUACUACUCAUGUUGUCCCGCUGCUUUUCUAUCUAGUCUGUCUAUCAGUGUAAAUGUGGCUACAAUUUUCGUCAGUCGAUGUCAUCUCUGUCUUCUCGAGACUAUUACUUUGCUACGGUCAUGCUUUUUCAGUCCAUUCUGUCACACUUGCACGCAAGUUGGCAUAGUCUCACCUAUCCGUCUGUUCCUUCUGUCUUUUCGAAAUUUCAACCCAUAUCUUCCUAACCAGAGGGGGAGAGUUCCAUUGUUUUAUUGAAACCUGUGAUUUUGUUUGUCAUGCCCCGCUCGCCUUUACGGAAUAAAAAACUGCAC